CUGUAUUUUUGCAUAAAACGAGUACAAACUAGAGAACAUUACACGAUAUCUAGAAAAUUUUGUUGAAUCUGAUCCCAUAAGAGUGGACGUGUAAAAAGAUUCAUAGAUGAGUGGGAUGCUUGUAACUACCCAAACAUGAGGGGUUUUUUCGUAAUUUAACCUUAUCUUAGCAGUCGGCCGUAGUUCCUAUAAACAAUAAUGUAAUUAUGGUUAUUGUAUUUGUAAUAUUUUGUUCAUUUUACACUAAAUACUUCUAAAAAAAAGCAUUUUUUUCUUUAACUUCUUUUAAAAAAACAUAUAAUGUGUGUGUGUGAAAUAAGACACAUAAUGUGUGUUUUUAUGUCGGAUGGAACGUAUGUCACACGUUUGAAUAUAUGUGCGUGCAUGUUCAAACGUGUAAGAAAGAGAGACAAGACUUUGAAAUAAUUAAAAAAACAUUUUAAUUUAUAUUGUGACGUGGUAAUAAUAAAGAGUGAGUGCAUGGGGGAAAUUAAACCUAAAGAAAGUUAAACAUAUAUAUGUGUGUGUUAUUAUAUAUAUAUAUAUGUAUAUGUAUAUAUAUAAUGUGGAAUAUAUAUAACAGCAUAGUUGUAAGAUACUUGUUGAAAUAUAGUAAGGUUUUGAGUUUGAGUUCAGCCAUGAAGGAAACACUCAAAUACUUGACAGGGAUUGCCGGACCAAGUGGCUAUGGCUCUAAAACCACCGCACACCAAAUCUCUCUCGAUUCUCUCUCUCCCUCCAUCCCACCAUCUCUCCUCACUGCAAUUGUCACUGGUGCAACAUCAGGAAUAGGGGCAGAGACGGCAAGAGUGCUGGCAAAGAGAGGAGUGAGAGUGGUAAUAGCAGCAAAGGAUCUGGCAAAAGCAGAAAAAGUGAAGGAAAAUAUAAAAAAAGAAAAUAAAAAAGCUGAGAUAAUAAUAUUGGAGAUAGAUUUGAGUUCAUUUGCUUCAAUCCACAGAUUUUGUGAUCACUUUUUAUCUUUGGGGCUGCCUCUUCAUAUCCUCAUAAAUAAUGCUGGCAAGUAUUCACAGAAGCUGGAGUUUUCUGAGGACAAAAUUGAGCUCACUUUUGCCACUAAUUACUUAGGUCAUUUUCUAUUAACAGAAAUGCUGAUAGAGAAAAUGGUGAAGACAGCAUCAGAAACAGGCAUACAAGGAAGAAUAGUGAAUGUCUCAUCUGUCAUUCAUAAUUGGGUUAAUCCCAAAACCUUUUGCUUCACUAAUUUGCUUACCCCUAAAAAUUAUAACGGUACUCAAGCUUAUGCUCAAUCGAAACUGGCAAACAUAUUGCAUGCCAAGGAACUAUCAAGACAGCUUAAGGCAAGAAAAGCAAAUGUAACUAUCAAUGCUGUGCAUCCAGGAAUUGUCAAGACUGGUAUUAUCAGAGAUUACAGAGGCUUUAUUACAGAUUCUCUGUAUUUUGUGGCAUCUAAAUUGCUGAAGUCAACAUCACAGGGUGCAGCUACAACAUGUUACGUGGCGUUAAGCCCACAAAUUGGUGGGGUGAGUGGCAAAUAUUUUGCAGACUGUAAUGAAACUCAUUGUUCAGCCAUGGCUAAUGACGUCACUCUUGCCUGGAAACUAUUGAACCAAAGUCGUGCUUUGGUAAAUAAGCGACUACUACCUCUCCCAUUAGGCACUAAAACUUAGCUACUUCUAGCCAUGUAUAUAUAUAUAUAUAUAUAUAAUAUAAUAAUAAUAAUAUUAAUACAGCACAAGUGUAUUCAAUGCACAGAUUUA